AACCUACUGUGCAUCCCUGCCCCUGUCUGUGGCAGUAUAUCUCGACUCUCGGUCUCCUUUUCCUUCCGCGCGCGCCGAAUUUCUGACUCGACUCGACCCGACCACCUUCAGUCACUAUGGCACCCUUCGACGAUGUCCAGGUGGGCGACCUGGUCAAUGUCCCUGGGGGCAUGUACGGGACGGUCAAAUACUUGGGCACUGUGGCGGGUAAGCCAGGCAAAUUCGCUGGCAUCGAGCUCGCAACGGAGCAUGCCAGGAGGGGGAAGAACAAUGGGGACGUUGAAGGCAAGCGUUACUUCUCCACGACCAUUCCCGGCUCGGGUAUCUUUGUACCGAUGAACAACAACAAAUAUGUCACCAAACGUGCUUCCGGUCCAGGCUCGAACAUCAAUGCCGGCCCUCCUACUCCCUCGCGACCCGUCAAUUUCAGCAAAUCUAUCGGCCCCGGUACCUCGGUACGCGCCCCCCGAGUACGGCGUCCGUCCCUCUCCCGGCCCGAAUCGCCCAGAGGCCCGCCUCCUUCCAAGCUGAACCUGGCGGGGUUGCGAACCCCGUCCGUGGCUUCGAGAAAUGUAUCGACGAAUGGCUUCCCGCGAAGUCCAGUCAAGGCCCCGUCCCGCGCCUCUGACCGUCCUCCGUCGCGUUUGAGCACCGAAGAUGACAUUCCAUCGACCCGAACCUCCGACUACCACCAGUCUUCCGUAGCAGCGGAACUACAAGAAGUGCGGGACCAAGUUCAGAACCUUGAGAGGCAGCUGCUGGACCGUGACCGUCAGUUGGACGAGCAAGCAGCGACCCUGUCAGACUUUCAGCGGACCCUGGAGGAGCUGGAGGGAUCCGACUCCCUGUCGAUCCGCGCCCAACUGCGCGAGAAAAAUGAGAAGAUUGCACAACUGACUGCGGAAUUUGAUCUGCACCGAGCAGAUUUCAGAAGCACGUUGGAUACUUUAGAAGUGGCCGCCUCGGAAACGGAGCGGGUCUAUGAGCAACGCCUGGAUGAGUUGAUGCAACAGAACAAGGAGCUAGAAGAGCGCGGGGAAGAUGUCGAGGCUGUGGCGAGACAACUCAAACAGCUAGAGGAACUCGUCUCCGAGCUUGAGGAGGGCCUUGAAGACGCACGCCGCGGAGAAGCUGAAGCUAGAGCCGAGGUGGAGUUUCUGCGCGGGGAGGUUGAGCGGACGAAGCUGGAACUCCAAAAGGAACGUGACUCGAAGGAGCUUCCGGCCGGACCAGACGGACAAUAUCACCUGAGGGAACUAGAGCAAAAGGACGACGAAAUUCGUGGCCUCAAGGCUAUCAUUCAUUCGCUCAGCCGUGGUGACCCCGAUUUGCACGCAAUCCAACAGAAUGGUAUCGGAACAAGCCCGCAUCCCGAUCAUCCGUCCGAUCAUCAGUCAGAACAUGUGACUCAUCUUGAGCAGCAAGUGGAAGACUUCGAACGCAUGUCGGAGCGGAAGACCUACCGCAUUGAAGAGCUCGAACGCGAACUUCAGCAACUGCAGAUUAACGGUGGCGGUCGCACGCGUAGCUCCACCGUGACUACAGCACCAAACCACCAAAAGUCAACGAGCACUAACGGGGCCAACCUCACCAAUGGCAACGUGAUUAAUCAUGCGCACCGCCUAUCUGAUCGCACGGUGGUUCCAACCGACUGGCAAGAUUCGGCUCAGCAUGAAGGGCAGUAUCAGGCUUAUUCUGUAAGUCACCGCGCUAUGUCGGAUGCCUCCCACCAUCGUCUUGAGACGAUGCACGAGAUGGACGCUCGCUCGGAGGACGGCGGCUCCCUCUGGUGUGAGAUCUGUGAGACGGGCGGUCAUGACAUCUUGAGCUGCACAAACAUGUUUGGUGCCGAAAACAAGGAUAAGACUCCUGAGCCUGAGGAGCCACUUCACGAUGACAGCUCUGUCGGCGAGAAACCUACCUCCGAGACUUCUACGGCGGAGCCCUCUACAUCUUCAACUCCUGAGGAGAGCACAACUCCGCAAAAGACCGGGCGUGAUGCUGUGCUGGAAGGGCUUCGGGGAGUAGGCUUGACGUCGUCCAUGGCCCCUGUUGCAGGAAAAGCAAGCGGUGUGAUCGAUGAGUCGAAGUGGUGUGCUCUCUGUGAGAGAGAUGGCCACGAGAGUAUUGACUGUCCGUUUGACGAUUGAAUCAAUGGCAGACCCGAGCGACCUGAUCCGAGACACAAUGCAGCUGACGAGUCAAUAAAAGGUCCUAUGAUUGCAUUUAGUCUUGCCCGCCCAUGGUAUGCUCCAUGAAAGGCAAUAAUGCAGGAGACUAUUGCCGUUGUCUAAAGGCUUGUUGCUACCAUAAGCAGGUCUUAUUCAGAUACAACAUACGUUGGUAAUUCUGCCAAACCGCCGGUUCUAUCUCGCCCUGUUCUCUUGGCACAUUACAUGGGGGCAAUCCGGUCUUUCUUCAUAAAUUAUACAUUUCUGGUUGCAUGAGCAAAGAUAGCAUGCAUACGAAGUUUGCCCUGGGGCUGUGCCGCUGUGAUAAACUCACAUGUUACUAGUCAGCCUUGGUCAAGUGUGUUAAGA